AUGAAAUCAGAACUGCGCAUGCGGUGAGGUGGACACAAGUCAGAAUGAUGGCGGAUACGGGAAGCGAAGAAGUAGCGGUGAUUGGAAAUACCGACCUCACUCCUGGGGAGAUAGAAAACAACAUGAAAAACACGAUGGGUGAAAAGGGGACCCUCCUUUUUAGGAAGAUGGAGAUCAAUGUAGCAGAAGCAGAAAAGAGAACGGUGAAGAAUGCCGUCAACAUGCAGGAGACCUACACUGUUUACCUCAUCGAGACACGCCCGGCGGAUGCUGCCUCUGAGGGGACCAACCCCGCUCCAGAUUCCCUGUGGAGACGCUAUAGUGAAUUUGAGAUCCUCCGAAACUUCUUACUCGUUACCUACCCCCACUUGGUUGUCCCUCCUCUUCCAGAGAAGCGGGCAGAGUUUGUGUGGCACAAGCUGUCAGCAGAUAACAUGGACCCGGACUUUGUAGAGAGGCGCCGGGUCGGCCUGGAGAACUUCCUGCUCCGGGUGGCAUCCCAUCCCAUCCUGUCCACCGACCACGUCUUCUUCACCUUCCUCACCGAGGAAGACGGCUGGAAGGAAAUGGUGUUUGAGACAGGAUUUCAGGCAAAGGCGGAUUCAAGGUUGAAGGCUCUGAAUGCGACGUUCCGGGUGAAAAACCCAGAUAAGAGGUUUGCUGAAAUGAAGCACUAUAGCGAUGAGCUGCAGUCUGUCAUCUCCCAGCUGUUGCGAGUCAGAGCGAGGGUAGCUGAUCGCCUCUAUGGAGUAUACAAAGUGCAUGGGAAUUACGGCAGAGUCUUCAGUGAGUGGAGUGCCAUAGAGAAAGAGAUGGGGGAUGGACUGCAGAGUGCUGGCCAUCACAUGGACGCCUAUGCAGCAUCAGUGGAUGACAUCCUUGAGGAGGAAGAACACUAUGCGGACCAGCUCAAAGAGUACCUCUUCUACACCGAGGCUCUGAGGGCGGUGUGCAGGAAGCAUGAGCUGAUGCAGUUUGAGUUGGAGAUGGCAGCACAGGACCUGAGUACCAAGAAACAGCAGCAGGAGGAGCUCGCCACAGGGACGGUGCGCACCUUCUCGCUGAAGGGGAUGACCAGUAAGCUCUUCGGCCAGGAGACCCCCGAGCAGAGAGAGGCCAAGAUGAAAGCUCUGGAAGGGCAGAUUCAGGAGGAUGAGGAUGCCCUCAAAGACAAGAAUACAGAGUGCGAUGAUUUUGUAAGAGGCGCCUGGUUGGACAUUGAGAGGUUUAAGGAUCAGAAGAACCAUGACCUGAAGGAGGCUUUGAUCAGCUACGCCAUCAUGCAGAUCAGCAUGUGCAAAAAGGGGAUACAAGUGUGGACCAAUGCAAAAGAGUGCUUCAACAAAAUGUGAUGCUCCCAUGUACAUUCCGGACCAGACUGCUCAGAGAUCAGUCCAUCUCACCUGUACGCCUUGAACUGCCAUGGUGAUUGGCACCCACAUCCACUACCCAGGACCUUCACAACACACCACAGCACCCAGGCGCAGAGCAUGAGUGCUUUUUUCUAAUGUUUAACACUAAGAAUGAGAAAAUAAUUUUGAAGCAAAAAAUCCAUUGUUUUAUUUAUUGUCUGCCAAAGCUGCCUGUGGCCUUAAUUUAACCAGAUGCCUUAGUAGCCACCCAUGCCGAUUCAUUUAAUAGCCUCUUUAAAGUGCUUUUUACAAGAUUUCUUUUGCCAAACAUCAAGGACUUGAUAACAUAAUGAGGACACUUGCCUGAAGUGGACUUUCUCUAUUUUCUUCUUCUAGAUUUUUAUGAGGUUUUCAGAAUUGUCAUCCAACUGUUUUGGGUGACAAUCAUAUCUUUUUUUUUUCAUGCUUUCAUCAUUCCUUUUUUGAUGUUUUAUUAUACACUCUUCCAAGCAUUUUCCUAUUCUGCACCAUAUCGUCUUUUUUCACAGAAUUGGCAGCGCAGACACACGACUGAAUGAUUUGAUUCAUCCGUUGUGAGUGUUGGUAGUGAUUGCCUUGCUUUGGCUGGACCGCUCAUCAUAAAGAUAACAGUUUGGUGAAAUUCCACUCGACACUAUUCCCUGUGCUUUUUUUUUUUCUUUCUGUUUUUCACCUCAUCUGGAAUGCAUCUCCUCCGUUGAAAUUAGACCGGGGUGUAAAGUGAUCUUAAUCACCUAUACAGAGGAGUCAAUGUUCCGUCUCCGAUUUCCUGAGAAAACAGAGCUUCAACAUGCAGUCGCAAGAGAGUGUUGCGAAGCCGGACCCCGCACUAUGCUAACCAGCCUCCACAAACAGCCCUGUUCACCUCAAGCCUUACUGAAGGCGAAGGUGUCUGCUCCAUCCUCGCCCACUGCCACAAGAGAGUGCCUGCCUGGCAUUCAUCACCACAGCGUUAAGUACUUUUUACAGUACUUUUUAACCAGUUUGGUUCACACUUUCACAAUGUUCACACUUUUGAAACCACAAACUUUCUUUUAUAUGGCUUCAUUAAAUGGAAAAAAUAUAA